AUGCUGGUCGACCCUUCCCCCUCUCAUGCCUUCCCCCUCUCAUGCCUUCCCCCUCUCAUGCCUUCCACCUCUCAUGCCUUCCCCCUCUCAUGCCUUCCCCUUCUCAUGCUUGCCCCCUCUCAUGCCUUCCCCCUCUCAUGCCUUCCCCCUCUCAUGCCUUCCCCCUCUCAUGCCUUCCCCCUCUCAUGCCUUCCCCCUCUCAUGCCUUCCCCCUCUCAUGCCUUUCCCCUCUCAUGCCUUCCCCCUCUCAUGCCUUCCCCCUCUCAUGCCUUCCCCCUCUCAUGCCUUCCCCCUCUCAUGCCUUCCCGCCCUCAUGCCUUCCCCCUCUCAUGCCUUCUCCCUCUCAUGCCUUUCCCCUCUCAUGCCUUCCCCCUCUCAUGCCUUCCCCUUCUCAUGCCUUCCCCCUCUCAUGCCUUCCCCCUCUCAUGCCUUCCCCCUCUCAUGCCUUCCCCCUCUCAUGCCUUCCCCCUCUCAUGCCUUCCCCCUCUCAUGCCUUCCCCCUCUCAUGCCUUCCCCUUCUCAUGCCUUCCCCCUCUCUUGCCUUCCCCCUCUCAUGCCUUCCCCCUCUCAUGCCUUCCCCCUCUCAUGCCUUCCUCCUCUCAUGCCUUCCCCCUCUCAUGCCUUCCCCCUCUCAUGCCUUCCCCCUCUCAUGCCUCCCCCCUCUCAUGCCUCCCCCCUCUCAUGCCUCCCCCCUCUCAUGCCUCCCCCCUCUCAUGCCUCCCCCCUAUCUUGGAGCUUGCCUGGUCCAAGAGCUUGCCUCGUCCAGGAUCUUGCCUCGUCUAG